GUCGUGUCAAUUUUUGCCAAACUUAGGGCUUGUUCUGUUCAUCUUAAUUUUAGUCCAGUUCAGCUCAACUCCAAUCAGUUCAAUUCCUAAUUUCCUUCUCUCAUAAACAGUUUCGUUCAGUUCAGCGGGGGAAGAUUAAAUUAAGUGACAUUGGGCAAUUUUUAAAAAAAAAAUUAAAAAAAAAAAGUAAAAAAAAAGAAAAAAAAUGGUGAACUCUGAAAGCCAGAAAGCCAGAAAGAAGGAAGAAAAGAAAACUGAACUCUGAAACCUAACUUUCCUCUUUCCUCUCUCUUCGAAGUUCGAAAAUCCUCUGCCAGUCCGCCGCUCUCGCUCGUCGGCUCCACUCCCGGCACUCCGUCCCUCCGUCCGUCGAGUCUCCGCCGUCGCUGCUUCUUGAUUCACUGCUUCGUCCGUUCGUCGGCUCGUCGCUGGACUCGCUGCUCUCCAUUCGACUUCGCUCACUUCGCUAAAUCGCUAGACCCAAUUUACAAUCUGGUAUCUUGCAGCGCACUUGACGUUCUUCAUUGAGGCGCCUUCUAAUACCUGUAUCCCCCAUUGAAGCAGCUUCUGAGAGCAAAAUCAUCUCUGUUGCCCAAGAGAAACAAAAAUGAACAAGAAGAAGAUAUUCAAACUAGCAAAGGGGUUUAGAGGCAGAGCAAAGAAUUGCAUAAGGAUAGCUAGAGAGAGAGUGGAGAAGGCGCUUCAGUACUCUUACAGGGAUCGCCGCAACAAGAAGCGUGAUAUGCGCUCUCUUUGGAUUGAACGCAUCAAUGCUGGUGCCCGACAACAUGGCGUAAACUAUGGUAACUUCAUGUGUGGGCUGAUGAAGGAAAACAUACAGCUAAACAGGAAGGUCUUGUCAGAACUGGCCAUGCACGAGCCCUACAGCUUCAAGGCUCUGGUGGAUGUAUCACGCAAUGCUAAUCCAAAAAUUAAAAUAGUAGAACCUAAAAAGGUUGGCCUUGCUUCUGUUCUGUGAUGGAUGGUUUUUGAAGUCUCCUUGAUUGUUUGUUUCACCUUCUGGAAUCUGGAGCAACAUUUCGUAGAAAUGUUAGGUCGGCUGGAGCAUCAUCAUUACUGCAACAAAAUUUCGUCUAAUUUUUAUCGCCGUUCUGUCUAUCCUGGAAUUAAGACCAAAUAUAAGUUGCAAACUCUUUUUAUUUACUCGUCUUUUAAAGAUGUAUUGUGGCCUGUGGGCAGAGAAUUUAGAAUCCUAGUGCUUAGGUUGGCUUGAUUAUCCCAGGUCUAUUUUUCUAGGUAGUUUAUCUUAGGUAUUAUUCAGUGUUUAAGAAAACGAACUAUCUUAGUUAUAAUAAUUGGUCUUUCACUCUUUUGUGGUAAA